CUCGGCGUGGUGCCUUGACAUUUCGUUUUAAUUGAUGGCUACGAUCGAGAUCGACGCUAAGCGCUUUCACAAGAGGGCCCGAUUUCUGCUUUCUCAGUGGAAGAGCCCUACCAAUGCCGAGUUAUUCCAAAAUGUGGAUGCGUUAGUGUUGCUUGUCGGUGACGAUGACGAAGAAAAUCCUUAUCGAAAAUCAGUCACAGCUCAGACCUGGCUGUUGGGAUUCCCCAUCUUCCAAACACUAAUCGUCUUCACUCCUGAGAAAAUUACAUUUGUUUGCAGUAUGAAGAAAGCGGAUGUUCUGGAAACCGUCAAGCGAGGUGACAAGCAAGUUCCAGUGGACAUUAUUCGACGUGGAAAGAAUAUCGAGCAGAACGUACCCUUGUACGAACCUUUGGUGGAAGCUUUGAGUGGCAAACGAGUGGGUGUCAUCGUCAAGGAUAAAUUCAAGGGAAAAAAUGUGGACGAAUGGAACCGUGCAUGGAAACAAGCCGGCAAAAGCUUUGAGGAAGUGGAUAUUGCUCCAGCCGUUUCCGCAUGUUUAGCGGUCAAGGAUGAAGAAGAAGUGAGAACCAUGCGUAUCGCCGCCAAGAUUAGCUCCAACGUGAUGAAGAACUACUUUAUCGACGAGAUGUCGACAAUCGUGGACGAGGAGAAGAAAGUCAGCCACGAGAAAUUGGCUGAGCAAACCGAAGAAGCUCUGCUGGAUCCAAAGAUGGCAAAACGCUUGCGUAUUCCGCCCGAGGUUGAGAACAAGGACGAUAUCGAUUGGUGUUACACUCCCAUUAUUCAGAGUGGCGGAAAUUACGAUUUGCGAUCAUCUGCGGUUUCAGACAACAAACCAUUGCAUGCGGGUGUUAUCAUCUGCUCACUCGGCGCACGUUACAAAUACUACUGCUCCAACAUUGGACGUACUUUCCUGAUCGAUCCUAGUAAAAUCCAGGAAAAAAAUUACGAAUUCUUGGUCGAUCUUCAAACUCGUGUGCUCGACAAUAUUCGUGACGGCGUGAAAAUCAAAGAUAUUUACCAAAAGGCGCUUGGUUAUAUCAAAUCAAAGCGCCCUGACUUGGAAAAACACUUCACAAAGAACAUCGGUUUCGGCAUGGGCAUUGAAUUUCGCGAAGGCAGUUAUGUGUUAUCCGCCAAAAACGUUCGAGAAUUGAAGAACGGCAUGGUUGUGAAUUUGUCUUUGGGCUUUGCGGAUUUAGAAAACCCUAAACCAGCCGACGAUCGCAGCAAGAUGUAUUCGCUCCUUUUGAUCGAUACGAUUCGUGUGACGAUGGAAGCACCUACGAUGUUGACGGACUGUAGCAAGCGACUUAACGAAAUCUCAUAUUUCUUCAAGGACGAAGGAGGUGAUGCCGAGAUGGCGGAAGCAAGCAAAGCUCCUGCGCGUCCCGUCAAGAAAGAGCCGUUGCCGAAAUCGGCUAUCUUGAGAAGCAAAUUCCGCAGUGAGGAGCAAGAAGAAGAAUCUCGUGAACAGAAGCGCAAAGAACAUCAAAAGCAGUUGUUCGCUCAGAAACUCGCUGAAGGUCUUGCUAAAUUCUCAGAAGGCGGAGAAAAUGGCCAGAACGAAAGUAAAGCUGUCUUCCGCAAGUUCGAAAGUUACCGAACCGAAGCCAAACUUCCUCGUGAAAUCCGGGAUCAAAAGAUUAUCGUCGAUAAACGAGCUGAAUCCAUCAUCCUUCCCAUUUACGGUAUGGCUGUGCCUUUCCAUAUUUCUACUUUGAAGAAUGCAAGCAAGAGCGACGAAGGUGAUUUCGUCAUGCUUCGUUUGAACUUCCUCACACCUGGACAAGCAGGCGGUAAGAAGGAGGAUAUGCCAUUCGAUGAUCCUACAGCCACCUUUGUUCGCGCACUUACGUUCCGUAGUGCGGAUACACAUCGUAUGGCGGAAAUCUUCCGCAAUAUCACUGACCUGAAGAAGGACGCUGCCAAGAAGGAAGCUCAGCGCAAAGAAAUGGCUGAUGUAGUCGAGCAAGAUAACUUGAUUCAGGUCAAAGGACGUCGCCCGCUUCGGUUACCCGAUGUGUAUGUCCGACCCCAAGUGGACGGCAAACGUUUGCCUGGUGAAUUAGAAAUCCAUACCAAUGGUCUACGAUAUCAGUCCAUCCGUUCAGACAACUCUUUCAAUGUAUUGUUUAGCAACGUUAAACACUUGUUCUUCCAGCCUUGUGAUAACGAACUCCUGGUGCUAAUCCACAUUCAUUUCAAAAACCCUGUGCUGAUUGGCAAGAAGAAGACAAAGGACAUUCAAUUCUAUCGUGAAGCGUCCGAUAUCCAGUUUGAUGAAACUGGUAACAAGCGACGACGACAUGUGUAUGGUGAUGAAGAUGAGCUGGAAUCGGAACAAGAAGAACGAAGGAGACGAGCAAAUCUCAACAAAGAAUUCAAGGUGUUUGCUGAAAAGAUUGCAGAAGCAAGUGAUGGACGUAUCGAAGUUGAUAUUCCGUUCCGAGAACUUGGUUUCCAGGGUGUUCCUUUCCGAUCCAAUGUUUUAUUGCAACCUACCACUGAUUGUCUGGUUCAUUUGUCUGAUCCUCCUUUCCUUAUCAUUACGCUGAGCGACAUUGAAAUUGCUCACUUGGAGCGCGUACAGUUUGGUCUCAAGAACUUUGAUAUGGUGUUUGUCUUCAAAGACUUCCACCGUCAACCGAUACAGAUCAACACUAUUCCCAUGGCGCAACUUGAUAACGUCAAAGACUGGCUCGACUCUGUCGAAGUAGCUUUCACAGAAGGCCCUGUGAAUCUCAACUGGAGUAUGAUCAUGAAGACAGUGAACGAGGACCCUGCAGAAUUCUACAAGAAUGGCGGUUGGAAUUUCCUUGGAGCCGGCAGCGAUGAUGAGGAUCCUGAGGAUCAAUCAGAUUCGGCCAGUGAAUUUGAAAUUAGUUCAGAAGAAUUGGAAGAAAGCUCCAGUGACGAUGAAAGCGAUUAUGGUUCAAAUGCGUCGGAAGAUGAAGAGGAAGAGGAAGAAUUGUCGGACUCUGGCGAAGAUUGGGAUGAAUUAGAAGAAAAAGCGCGCAAAGCGGAUGAGCGAAAGAUGAAACGCAAUGGUGAAGAAGAAGAAGCACCACGCAAGAAAAUGAGACGCUAAAUCAUAAAGCGUUUUUAUUGUUUGUUUCUUUUAUACAUAGUACGCAAAAAAAAAAUCGAUAAAAAUUUGAUAUCUGAUCA